UCAUUUUGUUCAUCUUCCAAUACCAACUAAUUUCUCUCUUCCAUCAACUUAGAUUGUAGCUACCAAAAUUUCCUCCCUCCUCAUCAAUGGCUUCUUUUCAAGUUUCUAAAGAGGAGAAGCUGAAAGAAAAUCAAGAAGAAAGGUACACUCUUGAUGGUACUGUUGAUAUGCAUGGCAGGCCAGCAAUCCGGGGCAAGACUGGAAGAUGGAUUGCUGGAAUUAUCAUUCUCUUAAACCAAGGUCUGGCUACUCUAGCAUUCUUUGGUGUUGGGGUCAACUUGGUUCUCUUCCUUACAAGAGUCCUGCAACAAAACAAUGCUGAUGCUGCCAACAGUGUCAGCAAAUGGACUGGAACUGUUUACAUCUUCUCUCUCGUUGGAGCUUUCCUCAGCGACUCUUACUGGGGAAGAUACAGAACCUGUGCCAUCUUCCAGGUUAUCUUUGUCAUUGGUUUGGCAGCUCUAUCACUAUCAUCACACCUUUUCUUGAUGAAACCUAAAGGGUGUGGAAAUGAGACAACCACUUGUGCACAACACUCAAGCUGGGAGAUUGGUCUAUUUUACAUCUCCAUCUACCUGGUCGCCUUCGGAAAUGGAGGGUACCAACCGAACAUUGCUACCUUUGGUGCUGACCAAUUUGAUGAAGAGGAUCCAAAAGAAGGGCAUUCCAAAGUUGCCUUCUUCAGCUAUUUCUACCUGGCUUUAAACCUUGGCUCACUCUUCUCAAACACCAUUUUGGGCUACUAUGAGAAUUCAGGAAUGUGGGCAAUAGGGUUUUGGGCAUCUACUGCAUCUGCCUUGGCAGCAUUGGUACUCUUCCUCGCAGGCACCACAAGAUACAGGCAUUUCAGACCCUGUGGAAAUCCUAUUUCCAGGUUUACCCAAGUAAUAGUAGCAGCAAUAAGGAACUGGAGAGUGGAGGGGCCACAAAGUGAUGAUGAAUUAUUUGAAGUUGAAGGAAAGGAUAGUUCUGUAACUGGUUCGAGAAAGAUGCUCCACACCCAUGGUUUCAAGUUCUUGGAUAGAGCUGCAUUCAUUGCUUCAAGAGAUUUCAACGAGAAACAGGGAUAUUAUAACCGGUGGCGUCUAUGCCCUAUUUCUCAAGUUGAAGAAGUUAAGUGCAUACUGAGACUACUGCCAAUUUGGCUCUGCACUAUAAUUUAUUCAGUGGUAUUUACUCAGAUGGCAUCCAUAUUUGUUGAGCAAGGUGCAGCCAUGAAGACAAAGAUGUGGAACUUCGAGAUCCCUCCUGCGAGCAUGUCUAGCUUUGACAUAUUGAGCGUGGCAGUUGUCAUAUUUUUCUACAGGAGAGUCCUCGAUCCAAUAGUAAGCAGGAUUAAGAAGAGUGGUGCUAAAGACCUCACUGAGACUAAAGAUUCCAAAGGGCUCACGGAGCUUCAAAGGAUGGGGAUUGGAUUCGUAAUAGCAGUAAUGGCAAUGCUUUCGGCAGGAAUUGUGGAGAAUUAUAGGCGAAAAUAUGCUAGAAUAGAUUGCACAAACUGUGAAGGCUCAAGCUCAUUGAGCAUCGUCUGGCAGGUGCCUCAAUAUGCUUUAAUAGGUGCUUCAGAAGUUUUCAUGUACGUAGGCCAACUGGAGUUCUUUAACGAUCAAGCUCCUAAUGGACUUAAAAGCUUUGGCAGUGCACUUUGCAUGACCUCGAUUUCCCUGGGAAACUAUGUUAGCAGCUUGAUAGUGAGCAUAGUCAUGAGAAUCUCUGCCAGAGAUGACAUGCCUGGUUGGAUCCCAAUAAACCUUAACAACGGUCAUUUAGACAGGUUUUACUUCCUCUUGGCUUUUCUAACCAUAAUAGAUUUGGCAGUCUACAUGGCCUGUGCUAAGUGGUACAAGAGUGCCAAGAUUGAAGGGAAGUAUGUGGAAGACACUGAGAAAGAGGACUGCGGAGUUUGAGGCCAGUGACAAAUAUAAUGCCUUAUAGGCAUUCAAUGGUAAAAUUAUCUAAAUAAGACUGGGAAAUUGUGGUUGCAACAGAAGUUUUGUACAGAUUUUGUCAUCCAUUAGGACUCAGACCCCGAAGGCCGGACUGCGGAGUUUGAGGCCAGUGACAAAUAUAAUGCCUUACAGGCAUUCAAUGGUAAAAUUAUCUAAAUAAGACUGGGAAAUUGUGGUUGCAACAGAAGUUUUGUACAGAUUUUGUCAUCCAUUAGGACUCAGACCCCGAAUGGCCUUCUCACCAUUGCCAUCACAGCACCCAGGCUAUUUGAUUCUUGAAAGCCUAGCUCAUUGAAGUUUUAGUUAGCCCAUAGGGCAUCCAGGGAGAUUGUUUAUGUGCUAGUUAGGGGCCUUUCAGAGUGUCGCAUGAAAAAUAUCUGUAUUUCUUGUCCUAUUUUACUGGUCUCCUAAAGACCAUAAAUCUUGAGUCCAGCCUGAGUCAGUCGGUCUACGGUUCAGAGAAACAUUUAUGUACAAUGUCGAAGACAAUUAGUCUAUGGAUGCCAGUACAGAAAUGUUUCCUGCACAUCUCUUAUGCCAGGUGAUAAUCAAGCAGCUAAGUCUGCACCAUGUAAAGUAGAAAUGGAGAAGAAAUGAACAAUACACUUG